AUGAACGAGGAACUUUUAACUCCGUUGGCAGCCACCCGAAGAUACCCCAAGUCGGUGAGAGAGGAAAUCAUCAAUUGUGCCAGAGAAGGCAAAAACUGGUCUCAAAGGGCCAAGGAACUCGGCGUGCGCCACCAAGCAGCUUACUACUGGGUCGCCUCCGCACACAAACGCCCAACUCAGAAGGUGAAAUUGAGGCAGCUGAAAGCCCAGCAGCGAUCAUCACCCAGCCACGUGAAUCCCAAAGUGGUGGAGUUUGUGUGUAAUCUGUUCGAGGUUGACCCCAAGAUAACGCUUGCACAAAUUUGCCGCCGGUUGCAAGAUGAAAUGUCUGUGACCGUUGCCCAAUCGACGGCCCACAAGUAUCUUAGAGGGAUGGUUUUCACACGAAGUAAGUAUCCCCCGCCGGACUAUUCAUCGCUUGAGGCUAAGGAGGAGACAAGGGAAUACAUAUCGGCAAUUUCUGCCUUUAUGCAAGAGGGAAAAGAGAUAAUUUGGCUGGGUAGGUCUUUUCAUAAUCCCUACCAGUAUCUAGAUAUUGUGGUGUCCUGUUUACUUAGGCCAUAA